AUGAAUUCAGAUCUUUUAAUCAAGUAUCCUGAAUUGGAUUAUUCACAUGAAAAUCUUUCAUCACAACCUUAUGAUAUACAAAUUCAAUCUAAUAGAAACUAUAAUAUUCGAUCAAGUUAUGAAAUUGAAUUGAAUAAAUAUAAACAUUCUAGUAAUAGAAAUAAUUCCAGUAAUAGAUCCCAUUCAAGAUUCAAUACAAUCACAGGUUCGUUUAAUUAUAAAUCAUUGAAUGAUGGAUUGAAAUUUUAUUCAUCAGUAAGAUCUCGUUCCAAUCCAUUUAAAGUAGACUAUCAUCAAGAGAAUGCAUCUGAUACUCAUAAUCAAUAUAGUUUCCUUCAUUCAGGUAAUGAAUCACAUAGACGUCCACUUCUUUCUAAUUUACAAAAUCAAUUAAAUCCCUCUCAUACAAAUGAUGUAUCAAAAACAUAUAGACCAUUAAGUAGUCAUGAAAAACAUUUAUCAACACGUUCACUUUGUUCAAGAUUACCAUCACAAAAACAUCUUGAACAAACUAAUGAGAUUGGUUUAUAUAAAACUGCAAUGUUUGUUAUUCCUGCACCUACUUCUAAUUCUUUACCGAAUGUACAAAAUGAUGAUUUUAUAUCUUAUAGAAAAACUCCCAUGGAUCAAUCAGUUCAUUAUUAUAAUCAUAAUCGUCGUCAACAUCAUCACCAUCAUCAUCAUCAUCAUCGACAUAGAGAUAACAGUGAUGGUUGUCUAAAUACUAAAUAUAAUGAAAAAGUACGUACUUAUAUUUGUAAAGGUUGUGGACGUUCAUCGUUGAAACGUAAGAAAGUGAAAAAUUCAACUUAUUCUCUUGGUAAUUCAUGUAUAUCAUUAGAUAAAUGUUCAACGCCCCAAUUUAUUCAUUCAACUAAUAAUAAUAAUAACAGUCAUCAUUCUCAUCAUGAUAUAGAAGAUGAUUAUGAACGGAUUAUAUUUCAAUCCCCUGAAUAUUCCCAAGAUGAUCAUCGAUAUUAUACAUCAAUGGAUAGAAAAUCUUACAAUUCCAAUAUAAUAAGUAAUAAGUCUCGAUUUAAUGUCAUUCCAAAUAGUAAUGUGAAUAGUUUAAAUCAAAUUGAAUUAUAUGAUCAUUUAUCAAAAAUUUAA